AUAAAGUUUUAAGACAACAUAUGGAACAAUUUGAAAGAUCCUCAUCUACUAAACAAAAUAUUGCUCAAACUACUACUGCUGCACCUCAAAUCUUCUUAGUAGAUAAUCUCUUACCAAACUCAAACCAAUUUCAAAAAUCUAAUCAAACUCAAAAACUUCAAACACAAGUUAAAAAUAACAAAUUAAACCUUCUUAACAAUCUUUUUUCACUUAUCUCAAUACAAAAACCAUUACCUAGUACUGAUAUGGAAGUUGAUUAUCCACUUUCUUCCCCAAAAUCUUCUUCUAUUAAUCAACUUUUUGGCAAUAAUAUUUCUACUCAACUAUCAAACUCAAACCAAACUAAUUCUUCUAAAGGUACUAACCUACUUUCAACUAUACCAAAAAACAAAGAAAUCAAUAAUUAUACACAAAGUUUAUCCAAUACCUCUGUAUCUAACUCAAAACAACCAAAUGAACCUAAAUCUAAAUCUAAACCAAAUCUAUUAUAUGAUUAA